AUGAGCGCUGGUGAGCGUCGCUUAGAGGCUGCAGCGAGAGCUGGUCUGCCGAACAUUGUGUCUGUGGGCGCGACGGAUAUGACCAACUUCGGUCCCAUUGAUACCGUGCCGGAGAAGUACAAAGACCGAAAGCUGUACGAGCAUAACCCGGUGGUGACAUUGAUGAGAACCUCGACCGAGGAAGCGGCACAAGUUGGAGGAUUUAUUGCGGGGAAGUUGAAGAGCCAUGCAAAGGAUCCAAACAAGAUCCAAGUGUUCUUGCCUAAAGGGGGCAUAAGCAUGAUUGCGACGCCUGGCGGGCCUUUCGAAGACGCAGAAGCAGACGCCGCAAUUUUUAGUGCAAUCAGAGAAGGACUUGGGGAUAGCAGUAUUGAGGUUGUUGAAAAAGAGGACGCUAUCAAUAACGAGACCUUUGCGCAUAGCAUAGCUGAUGCAUUGGUAGCGAAGAUGGGGCUCGGUCGCAAAUCAUUGAACGCUGUGCCUUAG